AUGGGCUGGCAAUGCACGGGCCCCUUUCCGUCCAUCGACAUGUCCAGGACACCAAGCCUCCCGGUUGUGCCUGGCAGCCUCAAAGGCGCUUUUGUGCUUCGAAUGCCGUUGGACUCGGUGGAUUUGGCCAUUUUUGCCCAGCUUGAUGUGCAGAUUCUCCUUUUCCAGCUUUUUCAGCCCGCACUUCGCGUUGGAGCCGGAGAGAUUUUACACUUGCUCACUCAUGGAGGCAUGUGGGCACCACUUCCAUCCUCCAAGCACAAGAAAAAUCGGACUUGUGCGGCAGUGUCGUUGAGAUCGACCGCCUCAGGGGCCCUUUGGCACAUUUGGCAGGGAAGAGCGCUUGCAUUCUCAGCUAUGAUGUGGAGAACGAUUGAUUCAUAUAGCUGCGACAUGCAAUACACGGUUCCCAUUAAAGCCCAUUAA